AUGGAUGUGAGCUUCACGAACGUAUUAGAGGGGGCUCGCCAGUACUUCCAGGGACUGCCGGUACCGAGUACAGGUAGUGCGACCGCGUCAGCGGAUCACAAUCUCGCGACAUCAACGAGUUCCGCCACGUCCAUAUCGUCGUCGCACGACCAUGGCACCGCCUCGUCCGUGGCUCCUCCGUCACCGGCACCACCCGCUCCGCCAGCACCACCGGCACUAUCGUUACCGUCGCAAUCGACUUCGAACGGCAACAACGGUAACGCCAGUGGCGGCGGCGGCGGCGGCGGCGGCGGCAACGGCGGUAGCAACGAUCAGGAAACGAGUCGAUAUCUCAGCGACGUCAGACCGUCGUCGGUGGACAACGCCGCGACCAGUUCCAGCAGCUUCUGGAGCCCAUCCGUCGAACCUUAUCCACCCCAACCGACCAGGGUCGAAGUCCCGGACACGAGGCCAGGCGACGAAGGCUCCUCCAUGGAGGCGAGCUCGUCGUCCUCCAGUAUCAUCACCUUAACGGAAAUGCAGCCGUCGAACGGUCGAUCCUCGUCGACCUCGAAUUUCUCUCAGAAACAGUCGGCCUCGUCCGUCGCGUCGUCUUCGUCGUCCUCCUCGUCGUCCUCGUCAUCGUCGUCGUCCAACGAUCUUCGUCAUCGUUCGCAGCCGACGACCGCGACCACGCCGAGCUCGCCGCAUUUGCAUCAGAUGCAACCGCCUCAGCCGCCGCACUCCCCUGGCCCGGUGUAUCAACAGCUGAACCCCGUGUCCAGAACGUCGUUCUCCACCGCGGAAAUACUCGCCUCGACGCAUCAGUCGACCUAUCAAACUGCCAACGAUCGACAAUCGCAGUCGAACGCGCCGGUGGUAGCACAGAGAACCCAAUACUACCCCCGGUAUCAUCAUCCGGACAUCACUAAGAGCGCCCCGGUACCGUUCACCCAGAACUCGAUCUAUCAGUCGUCGAGCGUGGCCACGGCCACGUCGACGGGCAACGUGCAGCCGGUCACGAGGCCGACCCCGGCCGAGCAGAGCAACGCAAGCGCCGCUUCCGGUCAAGGACACGCUCAGGAGCAAAGAGUGCCACCGAGUUCCUACGGUAAUAACGCAGCACCGCCGGCGAGUAGUACUCCUUCGAUUUACGGCUCGCCAUCGCCGCAGAACUACCGCGUGCCGCAGCAUCAACCGCAGAAUCGAUUAACCUCGUCGAGCAAUCCAGCAACGGACAGGCAGUCGCAUUCGGAAAGAUCGCACUCCUCGCGCGUCUCCUCGUCUCCGUCCUGUUCGUCGGUUAACCCGUGCAGCCCUCGUCACACAGGCAACUUGAGUCACAUUCCUUCGUCGUCUUCGUCCUCGUCGUCGUCGUCGUCGUCGUCAUCGUCGUCCUAUCAGAAUCUUCCGGCGCACAUUCCUUCGUCGCACUUGUCAUCCGUCGGAACAAUGAUUCCUCCGCAUCAUCACGCUCAGCAGCAAUCGCAACAACAGCAGCAGCAGCAGCAGCAGCAGCAACAGCAGCAACAGCAGCAGCAACAACAAUCUCAGAUGCAGCAUCAGCAACAGCUUUCUAGUCGAAUAAACGCGUCCCCGCAUUCGAUGGGACCGAACUCGUACGCUGGUCGAAUGAUCGUUCACGGGGCGUCCGCGACGUCCUCGUCCUCGAACUCGAAUCAGAUGCCACCACCGCCAGCGCUCGGCGGUUAUCAUCCCGUCGCUUCUCCCCAUGACGUUCCUCAUCACGCAACACCCUCGCCGCACAGACAAUCGCCUCACGUGUCCACCCUGCACAAUCCUCACGCCUCUCCUCAUCACACGCCAUCCCCGCACAGCAGCUUCCAGCCGCAUUCGCCGACUUAUCCGCCGCCUCCACCACCUCCGGCCACCUCCACUCCUCACUCGUACAGCCUUCCCAUUACGUCGCAGCAUUAUCAACCGAACACCGGUGGUUACGCCGCGAAUCCGUACGGGCUGUCGCACCAGUCUUCGUAUCAUUCCUUCCAAAAGAAUCCCCAAUCGUCGCACACGCAAGCCAACUAUUACUCGCAGUCCAGUCGAUCUCAGAGCCAAGCGUACGUCCAGCAGAUGCCGAUGCCCGGCCCCGUGCAGUCGAUCUGCUCCGGAAACGGAAACACGAACGGCACCGGUUAUCAACCGAGCAAACCGGUAACGUACAACGGCGCCGAUUCGAAGAGAAACUCGAUGGAGGUCCCUUAUGGCUCCUAUCGAUCCCCGCAGACGUCGGUUCAGAGAAGCGGCAACACGCACAACCUUCCACCCAUCGCCGCUCUCUCGUCCUAUCAUUCCAACAGGCGAGAAUCCGCGAGCAAGGCGCAAUCGGUGCAACGGCAACGCAACUACUCGACCAGCGCAACGAACAAAGUUUCGGUCGUAACGCCGCCCACUUCCUCGAUGGCCGCGCCUCAAAGGGUUCCCGAGUACCCGGUUACUUUGCCGGCCAUGAAUCACGCCAUGCUGGUGAACGGAAGGACGACCACGGUAACGAAUUCCUCUUACAGCAGAUACGCGGCUCAACACGGUUAUCCGCCUUACGCUACUACCAUGGCGCCCAGUCAUCAGGGGAGCAAUUCCUCCAGUAGUACCACCGUUACCUCUAUCGGCCAUACCGUCUCGAGAUCUUCCGUUCCGGUCACCACGAUACACAGCUACCAGACCUCGGACGCCAGUCGUACGGGAUCCUCCGCCUAUCACCAUCAACCUAUAAGGGCUACCGAGGACUACGGAUACAAGGAGUAUGCCUAUCCGAAUUCCACCGCGGCCACGGUUCAAUCCACCGUUACGCCCUCCAUAGUGACUCCGCCACCGCCGCAGACCAACGGCAUUCGGAAACGGGAAUCGCCGUUGGACCUGUCCGUUAAAACCGUCAAGACGUCCGCGGACUCGACCGCUCAGGACGACGUCGAGACGAUCGCGACGGAGAAGCACGUGAGCAGUUCCACCGUGAUCUCGAGGAACAACAGCUCCAGAACCAUGUUACCGCCCCCGACGCAACCACCUCCGCAGCCAGCCGCGUACCCCGCGUACGACAACCGAUUGACCGGUAACACCGGUCGAAGCUUACCGCCGACCAGCGGCAUUCGAAACUCCACGCCUCAGACGGUGUGCGCGCCGAAGGUCGACUUCCUGCCGGACUUCAAUUCUGCACCGCUGCGUCAUCAUCACAGUCAACCGCACGAGAAUACUCUACAGCGGAGAAGUUCGGCGCAGCAGCUCUACGCUCCGCCUCCGCAGUCUCUUUCUUCUCAGCAUCCUAAUAAUACCGCUCCACUGCCCCACAUGUCCACGUUUAAAAAGACUUCACUGCCCACGACGCAGGUGUACGACGCGGUGACCGCGCCAGCGCCGCCUCCGCCGGCCUCGUCGUCCUCCUAUCUGGCGGCCAACGACUCCACCGCCUCCAGAGCCUCCAGGUACCCUCCACCCAUGGUGGAUCCCGGCAGGAUAGGGCCGGCCGCGUUGCCUCUUCAAGAUUACCCGUCCGACCCGUCGAAAUAUUACGUGGACAACAGGAAUAAAUUCAGCCAGCCGCUGCCUCAAAGGGAUCGAACUCCCUCGAAGAGGCCCGGGGAGACGAUUUACGGUGGCGGGGGGCCGAACAAACAGCCCAGGCUCGACACGUGGAUCCAGCAGAGAUUGUCAACGGCGAAAGCGUUGCGCGACCAACAGAAGAGGCAAGAGAUGAAUCUCUCGGUCCCUUUGCCGAACGGCACGCUGGUCGCCUCGAACACCUACGAGCAGAGAUCGGACAACGGAUACUCGUCGUCGGAGUCGGCGAGGUAUCAGCAAGCGUACUGUGAUAAGAGGAAUUACGCGGAGUCUAAGGUCACCCAUAGUUCACCGCCGUACAUUCAUCCCGUGAUCACCAAGCCCGCGAACGUGCACUCUCUGCCGCAAGCCGCCAACCCUGGCCAACCCUCGGCGUACCCGAAUUACAGGCAGAGUCAGAAAAUCAUUGGACCACCGGCUCUACCUGGCGCUACUUCCGGCGGCCAACCGAUGGAUCCGCCGAGCAACACCGGUGCUGAUAAACGAGUGCUCAGCCUGCUCAGGAAUAGCCUGGAGAACAAGCAGCAGAGGGAGGAGCAGAUGAACAGCCAGCAGCCUAUCCUCGCUAAUCAUAGUCAACAGAGUUUUCAGAAUAAGGUUGUUGCACCGGUCGAGCCCAAAACGAACAUCGGAAGACACAACCUGUCACCAUUCACGGCGGCGAGCUUACUGGAACGAAACAGCAACACGCCGCCCCAUUACAAGUUCCAUGUGCCGAGAGCGGUAGACUCGAUCACUCAGGAGGCCCCCCGUAGUUUGUACGCCUCGAGAGUAAAUUCAUCCGCCACGCUACCUGGCAAGGAAGCACUCCUGGGACCCAGAGGAGCCGAGAAUCAGAUUCACCGUGACAAAGACGACGGCCUCGCCGCCAUAUUAGCCGCGAAAAUCAGAACCAAGGCGGAACUGAAACAGGUGGGAACCGGCCAAUUCGCAACGAAACCGACGACUGUGCCCUCCCAGGAUGCGUCGUCAACUCCGAAAGAACUAGACAGCGCCGCUUCAACGUCGACCCCACAGUCCGGUUCGUCGGCAGGUAGCCCCCCGAAAUUAACGCGCGAAAAGGUAGCCUGUCUGCCGCCCCGAAGACGCCUGUUCUCCAGGACGGAAGAGGAGAACAUGCCAGUGGCGGCGACGGUUCCGGUCCCGGCACCACCGCCGGCCAUCGCCUCGAGCGUGCCCGCGCGAGCAAGCGGAUUCAGGAGCUCCUCCGAGACGUCGGUGUUCGACUUCAGGGAGAGCGACUCCGAGGGCGAGAUGCCGGUCCUCGAGAGGCAAACGCUCGAGGAGAUGAGGAGGGACAGAAAACAGCUGUCGAAGGUGCAGCCACCCGUUCCCCUGAACGAUGCCAUGUGCAUGGGCAUGACCUCAUCGUCGGACCUGGUGAAAAUAGAACUGAAGGAGAACGACAAGAUCAGCGAAGUGGACACGUUCUGGUCUACCACGUGCGACAAGUUUAUGGAACAGCUUAGAACGGGGGACGCGAUGAAGAAGCGUGGUCGUAAGAAGAAAGUUAGCUGCACGAUAACGUCGAAGCUCGACGAUACUGGAAACGACAGCAGUAAAGAGUCUGACCCCAAUACGUCCCAGAUCAAGCCCGAGGAUAUCAAGAAGGAACUGCAGGACAUUGACUCGCCUCUGGACAGCAAGGACGAGUCUCCGGAAACGAGUAAGGACGAUGAGUCUUCGAUGAUGAAGGACAUCAAAGUGGAGGUAAAGACAGAGCCCGAGGUGAGCAAGGAGGAGGAGGACAAGAAUUCUAGCGACGAUUCAGACGAGGUGCCGUUAAUUCGACGGGCGAAAAAGAAAAUGAAGAAGGAGGACAGUGAUUGCGAGGAAGAGAUCAUCUGUAGGAAGAGAAGGGUCCGUAGAGGAAGCAGGAUUAAAUUGCAAUCGUCCAGCGGCAGUGAAUCUUCCAGCGAAGAGAGCGAUGCUAGUACCGAGUUUGGUCACGGUUCUUCUGUGGCUGAUAGGCUAAGAGCGAGGAAACGUUGCGCCAACAGCAGCACGGAAGCCGAAGGAAUGAAGCUUAGAUCCAGGGAUACGACGCCGCAAAAGGCCAAGACGGAGAAGGAGUCGAAAGGUUCCACCUCGAAGACCUCUGGCUCGUCUCAGAAGGGAAAGCCAAAGCCUCUGUUCGGGGAUGGUAGCGAUUUCAGGCCCGGUUGGGAGGAGGAGGUGUACGUGUACAAGAAAUCCUUGAGAAUGCCAACUAGGUUGAUCACCGUGUCGAAACCGACCAGGUUUCACAGAUUGUCCACCUCGUUGCCCGAUUUGGAUCCAGGUUCGCCGGCCUUGUCCGUUUCCAUGGAUAGCUCCGACGUGUAUCUGAGCAGAAAGAAACUGGUGGAUAGCGACGUGGAGUCAAACUACAGCUUCAGUGCUACCGGGAUUGGACUGGGAAGCAAGAUAGACGACGAAGAAGCCACGUCGUCUACGACGAUUUCGUGCCCUGCGAAGACCACGAAGCACUCCAAGUCGGAGAACAGUUCCAUCGUUGACGUUUUGGCUCAAAAGGUGGGAACCAGUAAAAAGGAGCAAAAGAGAAAGCAGAAGGAAAGGUCGGAGAAAGGAACGGGUAAGGGGUUGUCGAAGGGUAACAACGAGCCCGAACUGCUUGCGACUCCGAGUCUGACACCACUGUUGGAAACGACUAAAGCGCCCAAGGGCAAACCGCCUGUCAAAGACGGCAAGUCCUUGAAGCCUAUCAAGGUGACGGAUUCGUUCCUACUUGGUUACUUCCGUAAGGAAACGGUCAACAACUUCCGCGACACGUUCAAGAACAAUCACGCCCUUCCGAACGAGUUCUCCACGCUGGUGCUAAAGACCAGAACAAGAACGGAGACGCGAGUGUUGAAGAAACAGGCCACUAUCAGAGAAGUGUUCGGCGAAGAUAGACCGGCCUCAGCGCCCCCUAUGCAGAAUCACGACGACACGUCUCAGGACGACGAUUCGCAAAACGAGACGCUGGAGAACAGGUUAGGCAAAGGGAGAACCUUCAAGCAGAAGGUAGUUUCGCGACUGAAACACGCUGGAAUUCUGAGGAGCCACAAGGCGAACAUGAACUCUAAGCAUCUGCUGAUGAAGAGGCGAAAGGAUCUGCUGAAAUCUUUGGCCGAGAAGAAACUGCGACACUUGAAGACGGAAACGGAAGAGGAACCGGUACAGGAGGAGACCAACGAUGCGCAGGAGGCAGAGAACAACGAGCUCGACGACGAGACCAACGAGUCAGAAGUUCCUAACAAGAAGAAGCUUAAACUGCGGACAAGCAGGCGGAAGUUCCGUUCCGGAUUCGACUACAUUCGCAAGAAGAAGAAACCUUUGAAGAAGGACGAGACGUUACCUAAGGAAAGGAAGAGGCAAGUACUGGCCAGGCCCAGUCCAGAGUGCGUCGCUGAUAUUCAGUCGGAGAUUAGAACUUGGGUGAUCAAGAAGGGCGUCGGUGAAACGUUGCUGCAUCGUGCUGCUAGACUCGGUUAUACGGAUGUGACUGCGUACUGCUUAGAAAAGCUGAAUAACGCGCCGAGUCCGAAGGACAAUGCGGGCUACACGCCGCUUCACGAAGCCUGCUCAAAGGGUCACCUCGAUAUCGCGAAAUUGUUGCUCGCGUACGGUGCAAACGCCAGCGAAAGUGCCAACGGUGGAAUAAGACCACUUCACGAGGCAGCUGAAAAUGGUGCUACCGAACUCGUACGCCUGCUACUUUCCUAUGGUGCCGAUCCCCUAUUAGCCACUUAUUCCGGACAAACCCCGCUGAUGUUGGCUGCAGACACCGAUGCCUAUUCGAUCCUAGAACAACAUUUAGACGAUAUUCAGGGUCGCGCGAGCACAGCGUGGUCUUUUAGUGGCCCGUCUACUAUUUUCGACUCAGAGGACACCGGUUACAAUCCCCUCGACGAUGCGCCAAUAGGCAGUCCAGAGCCCGAGUUAGACGAGAUCGAGAUGGAAAUGGGCGACGUGAAUCUGCCAGUUCUCUUCUCUCUCACCAACGAUCCGGAUAAAUGGGUGUUGCUUCAGGACCUCAUGGCUGCGCUUCGAAUAAAGAGCAGGGACGCGUUACUGCGUCAAGUGAACCCUAAAGCUCAUACCGGCCCACCAGCCAUCGCUCACCGCGACGUCAUGAGGGAAUUAAAGCUUCAGGAUUUCCUGGAGCAGUCCCGUUGCUGUCACCUGCUCAGCGGCGGCGAACGAAUCAACGUGAGGGGGUCCAAGGUGACUCUGAUCAAGUACAACGACAAAGUGAGGUCCCUGUUGAACGUGGAGAAAGUGGUGAUCAGCCUAAGGUGACAGGAGGCGCCGCUGGGGCAGUCAUCGCCCCAGGCAAGACCGUCGACUUCCGCCACGAGGGAGACCCCGAAGAAGAGCUCGAGCAUUUCUCCUAAGCGCGAGAGGCAAGCCAGAACGCGACAGGGUAACAAGACAGCUGCUACGGAUUGAACGUGAAUCGGGAAAUUGUUUGCCGUGAAAAAGUCGUUCCACGCUCGAGACGCGUGUGAAAUUUUCCUUUGAUGCAGAUCCAUCUUUCCUCCCCGAUUCUGUUCCACGAGGCAACCGGGGUCGAAUGAACGGACAGGUGCGAAAAGUACGUUGUGUCGAAGAAUUCGAAACGAUCGCGGAGAAGAAGAGGGGGAAGGUCGUUCAACGGCAGUGCUUUCUGACGCGUUCUAUUAGCAGUAUUUAUUGACAGAUGUUCAACACGGAACACAGUGAUAUUUAAUCGAUAUGUCCCUUGCGAGCCAAGCGAUGAUCGAGUCUUCAACGACGUUUCUAGCUGAAGAUAGUCGUCCUGUUCGAGAGUCUUGUAUGAUACUUUUCUUUGCAAACGUGUUCGAUUCGGGCCAAAGGGCGGAGAGAAUUCGAACGCUCGUUGCUGAUGAAUCGGAGAACAAAGUUUUCGUGACGAGACAUCGUCGCAGCUCCAGUCGAAUAGCUUUUAAUCGCAAGAUUGGAAUCUGGUGGGCGUCCACGCGCUUAUUUUCAUCGCGUACUCGAUUAUUCGUUGAAGGAAUCGAUACUCAGAGAGAACUUGAAACUCCCCGUGAAUGGACGCCACGUGCGUUUCACGUUCUCGCCUCAUCGAUUACGGUUGUUUCGUUAAGUUAAAUCGGAAAACAAACGUUGGAACGUACGAAUCAUCGAAUUUUCAUCGGCUUCCUCACGUUACCACGUUGUUAAUUUCGUUUUGUUUUUUCUCCGUCUUUCUUUCCUUUUUUUUCUUUUUUUUUCUACUAGUACUAGCGAGUCGAUUAGAUUAUAAUUUCGGUUACGUGUUUACCGUUUAGAUUGUAAGCAAGCGUUUAUUAAUCGUCGAAAGAUGGAGCAUUUACGUUUUCCGUUAUCUUUUCUUUCUUUCUUUUUUUCUUUGGGAUGUGCAAUUUCGCGAGUCUGCUUUCUGUUAAACGAUUACCGACCGACAAACGCGAUCGAUCAGCGUCUGUUGGGUCUGAGAGAUAUAAGAAAAAUGGAUCGACUGUGUAAUAUUCAGUGUGCAAUAACUCUCAUCGAACUCGCGAUGAUUGAUCCUCGAAUUAGCGGUUUCCGUUGCAGAUUACGUUCAUUUGUCCGCCACGUUGGAACCGAGAAGGCAAUCGACGCGUUCACUGUUGCUUAGUUAUACUCGUUUCCCGAUUUCUCUUUAUCGUUAUCGACGUAUGUUAACGCGACGUUUACAUUUCUGUUCGUUCAAAGUUUAAUCUACCGAAUUGGUGAAUCGUUUUUCGUUGUCAGGUCGAGCGGUUGAUUUUCUCGUUGUCCUCUAUAUGUUAAUCGUUAAAGUACCAAUGAACGGUAAACGCGUCGAAGAUUGUCAUGUCCAGCACAGUGAACGUGUUCAAGGAUCAUCGACGCAUCCGGUCGGCGAAAUCGAAUUGCUCGUCGAAUGCGUCGGUGGAACCGAUCUCUACGUACUUAUACCUUCGAUAGCGUGCUGAAGUAUGGCCACGUCAGGAUGGAUGGUUGAAAGAGGCGAGAAAAACAGAAACAACUCCUACACACACAUACAUACACACACAAGCUUGUACAAGUUGUUGUUUAGCAAAAGCCAAGCACGCUCGCGCGCGCGCGCGUUUCAUUUGACUCCGUGUACAGAAGAUUAUCAGUCGUUCUGAUCAGUCUCAGGGAAAUAUCCGUAUGCGUAUUCUCGAUAUCCUAUGCGUUGCAUCGAUUUGAACAGGCACGCGGCCAGUCAUCGACCGAGUGGUCGCUCCACGGAUAAACGUGCGUCGAGAUGUCGUUAUCACGGUUUCCUUCGCGAUGUACAGUAGGGCAGAAAGAGAGAUACCGUAUCGUCUUGGAGCGUUUCCGGUCGACGACGAAGAUCGGCCGAUGGCUGGUCGCUCGCUCGCUGCUCGUUUUAAUUUUAUUUAGCCGACGAUUUCUAAACCGAAUAAUUACCGAAUAAUACCGUG